CACGCCGGGGACGCGCGCGGGCGCUUGGCGCACCACUGCCGCGCGACCCCGACAUGACGGGGCUGGAGCAGGACCCGGAGUUCGACUUCGAUUUCCUCUUCGAGUUCGAUCAGAGCGGCGGGGGCGCCGCGGCCGCAGAACACUACAGUUAUGCGUCCCCUGGCGUCACCUCCACUCUGCCCCUUCCCACAGUGCACUCUUCCUUGCCAGCACCAUGCCAUGACCUCCAGACGUCCACCCCGGGCAUGUCUGCCGUUCCUUCAGCAAAUCAUCCCUCGAGCUAUGGAGGGGCUGUGGACAGUGGGCCUUCGGGGUACUUUCUGUCCUCUGGCAGCAUGCGGCCCAACGGGGCCCCGACUCUGGAGAGUCCUCGCAUCGAGAUCACCUCCUACCUGGGCCUUCACCAUGGCAGCAGCCAGUUCUUCCAUGAUGUGGAGGUAGAAGAUGUCCUCCCCAGCUGCAAGCGGUCCCCGUCGACCGCCACCCUGCACCUGCCCAGCCUGGAAGCCUACAGAGACCCCUCCUGCCUGAGCCCAGCCAGCAGUCUGUCCUCGCGGAGCUGUAACUCUGAGGCCUCCUCCUAUGAGUCCAACUACUCGUACCCGUACGCAUCCCCCCAGACCUCCCCAUGGCAGUCACCCUGCGUGUCUCCCAAGACCACGGACCCAGAGGAGGGCUUUCCCCGAGGCCUGGGUGCCUGCCACAUGCUGGGAUCUCCAAGGCACUCCCCAUCCACCUCUCCUCGGGCAAGCGUCACAGAGGAGAGCUGGCUCGGCGCUCGCGGCUCCCGACCCACAUCCCCCUGCAACAAGCGCAAGUACAGUCUGAAUGGCCGGCAGCCCUCCUGCUCGCCCCACCACUCACCCACACCAUCCCCGCACGGCUCCCCUCGGGUUAGCGUGACCGAAGACACCUGGCUUGGUAACACCACCCAGUACACCAGCUCUGCCAUUGUGGCAGCCAUCAACGCCCUGACCACUGACAGCACUCUGGACCUGGGUGACGGUGUCCCUAUCAAGUCUCGGAAGACAACCCUGGAGCAUGCACCUUCUGUGGCCCUCAAAGUAGAGCCGGCCGGGGAGGACCUGGGCACCACUCCACCCACGUCUGACUUCCCACCCGAGGAGUUCACCUUCCAGCACCUUCGGAAGGGUGCCUUCUGUGAGCAGUAUCUGUCAGUGCCACAGGCCCCGUACCAGUGGGCAAAGCCCAAGUCUCUGUCUCCUACGUCAUACAUGAGCCCAUCUUUGCCUGCCCUUGACUGGCAACUGCCAUCCCACUCUGGUCCCUAUGAGCUUCGGAUCGAGGUGCAGCCCAAGUCUCACCACAGGGCUCACUACGAGACAGAAGGCAGCCGGGGGGCUGUGAAAGCAUCAGCUGGAGGACACCCCGUUGUGCAGCUACAUGGUUACUUGGAAAAUGAGCCGCUCACACUACAGUUGUUCAUUGGGACAGCAGAUGACCGCUUGCUGCGGCCCCAUGCCUUCUACCAGGUCCACCGGAUCACGGGGAAGACCGUCUCCACCACCAGCCAUGAGGCCAUCCUGUCCAACACCAAAGUCCUGGAGAUCCCAUUGCUUCCAGAAAAUAACAUGCGAGCCAUCAUCGACUGUGCUGGAAUCCUGAAGCUCAGAAACUCUGACAUUGAGCUGAGGAAAGGGGAGACGGACAUCGGGAGGAAGAACACCAGGGUUCGGCUGGUCUUCCGAGUUCACAUCCCACAGCCCAACGGCCGGACGCUGUCCCUCCAGGUUGCCUCAAACCCGAUCGAGUGCUCCCAGCGGUCGGCCCAGGAGCUGCCCCUUGUGGAGAAGCAGAGCACGGACAGCUACCCAGUCAUUGGUGGGAAGAAAAUGGUGCUAUCCGGCCAUAACUUUCUGCAAGACUCUAAGGUCAUUUUCGUGGAGAAGGCUCCAGAUGGCCACCAUGUCUGGGAGAUGGAAGCGAAAACUGACCGAGACCUGUGCAAGCCAAAUUCUCUGGUGGUUGAGAUACCACCUUUCCGCAACCAGAGAAUAACCAGCCCUGUCCAAGUCAGUUUCUACGUCUGCAAUGGGAAGCGGAAGAGAAGCCAGUACCAGCAUUUCACGUACCUUCCUGCCAAUGUUCCAAUUAUAAAGACAGAACCCACGGACGACUUUGAGCCAGCUCUGACCUGUGGACCAAUGAGCCAGGGGCUUAGUGCUCUGCCCAGGCCCUACUAUAGCCAACAGCUCACCAUGCCUCCCGACCCCAGCUCCUGCCUCGUGGCUGGCUUUGCCCCCUGCUCACAGAGGAGCACACUGAUGCCCACACCUCCCAACGCAAGCCCAAAGCUGCACGACCUCUCCUCUACUGCCUACCCCAAGGGCCUCACCAGCCCCGGCCACAGUGGUCACCUUGGACUUCAGCCACCAGCUUCGGAGGCCCCCACCAUGCAGGAAGUGCCGAGACCCAUGGCCAUGCAGCCCAACUCGCCUGAGCAGCCCCCACCCGCCAGGCUGCAGCCGCAGUAAAUGAAAUCAUACGCAACGACCUCUCCAGCACGAACCCCCACUCCUAAUUCAGCACGUUGGAGCUGGCAGAAGCAUGGGGAAUUGGCUCAGUGCAGACAACUGGGCUUCAGCAAUCUAGACUUUGAUGAAAUAUGGACCCACAUCUGGUACCACUCAGAAAUCCCAACUUACCGAACACUAGGAGCUUAUGUCUGAAGAAGUAGCUCUCUAACAAGGAUGCAGGAGCAGAAGAGGAGCCUGCUGCAUCUUCAGAAAGAAACACCAUCUCAAGGAAAGAGAAGGGCUGACCAGUGAGGCCGGGGAAGACACUGGCCCACGAAAGAAGGGCCUGUGUGGCAGACUGUCCCCAAGCCUGACCCUCCUGCCUACUGGAUUAAAACACUGGAAGUGCCUUAUUUAGUCUGACCACCACACCAGGGCAUCGUGGAAGCAAGCAUUGAAUUUUCUACCAUGAGAGUAUUUGUAGGAGCCAAAGCUUUCUAUAAACACUUCGUUAGGACGCUUUAUCCUUUGUAUUAAUUGAUAGGAUUCUGGCAAGCUAUGGCUUCCUACUCAUUUCCAACUUUUCUGGCUGUCCCACCCAAUUCGCCUGCCUUAUCCAGUGCAUAUCAGAGGUCUUCCAAUCUGUCAUCUCCGCUCUUUCAUAAUCAGCUCCCUCCUCUGUGUGACUAAACCGUAGGUUUGUUAAUAAUAGCAUGCUGGGAUUUUUGCUCUUAAUCUGGCUCCGAACAUAGCGCAAGGAAAUCGCAAAGCACGAGACAGGGUCCUGGACAGAACAAAACCUGCCUUUUACAGGACAGUGCUUGUGUUUGCAUGCAUGUAUAUAUAGGCAUAUAUUUAUGCAUAGAUAUUCAAGAACGGAGGUGGUAAUGACCAGUCCGUGCCCAGCGGGGGCUUCCAUGCUAGCAAUAACCAGUGUCCACCUUGAGAAUGCAGCUCAGAGUCCAGACCCGACUUUCCAGCCCCUUCCAUCAGGGUCUGUCACCCCUGCACAGGCAGGUGGCAUUUUCUUAUCUCAUGCAGUUACUUGAGCACUUUAGGCUGAAGCAGAGCUGUGCUCAAAUGCCCAUAGGCUACCAAAUGGCAAAAUCUGAAAGUGGUUGUAAAUAACCAUUAAAAAAGGAGUGUAAUCUAUUUGUUCAAUUAUAAGAUUAUUAUUUCACAGAAGCCUUAUAGCUCUCUGCUUCAUCUAAGAAAACAAUUACCAAAAACAAAAACAAAAAACAAAAAACAAAAACAAAAACCAAUGUCUAUAUGCAGUCUGUGGGUAGUGUGUUUUCAGAUUAGUUACUGGUAACAGAUAGGCUGGUUUUGGCUUUGUGUAAUUAGCUGCUUGUUACACUUACUAGCAGUGACCUAUUUUUCCUAUAACCAAAAAGCAUGGUUUAAUUAAAACAUGUUUAAUGAUUGUGCCUUAGGAGUUAAUGCCCCCUUAUGGAACAUGCCUGAAUUGCACCUGUGGGCGGAAGAGCUGAGUUAGUCGGAGUCAUGACCAGGUGGGGGAAAAGCUCUCUCACAGGAAGAUGCAUCUUUGAAAUGUUCGUCUGUGCGAUGGUGUCUUACCUUUCCCUGACUCACAGAAAGACACAAAUGUCCGAAAGCCAUAUUGAACGUUUUCACACGACUGUGAAGAGCUGACGCUCGCCGCCUUGUCCACACACAGCUCCUUCCUGGCUGCCGGCGGGCUGCGUUCUGCCUGCCUCUAGUAUGUAUCCUGUGUUAAUUAGCAUCAUGCAUGAACCAUUCUUAGUAGACUGUCAUAUGAAAGCAAGCGUUUGAUAUUUGUGUUGGCUGUCUUUGUAGUUAGAAAAUGGAUCCAAUAAAGCAGUA